UGCCCAAUAGCAAACCAAUACUGUCAUCUAAUCACUUUGACUUGUCUUCCGUUGGUUGAUUCAACAACUCAUCACAGCCUCCAAAAUGGCAAACACCUUUCACGUGGUUCUUCAUCCAUGCCACAUUCCUUUCUUCCACGUGGCCCGCGAUAAACCCUCUUGCACCAUAUUGGAAGCACCCUCCAACCACUGGAUCCUCACCUCGGCCUUGGAACAAAGAACGCUAUGCGCUCAAAUCCGAGACCAAAUCUCAGUAAGCAUCUUCUCCGGAAUCUAAAAUUAACUAAUUCCAGGAAAGCUCACCCUCGCUUCCCAUUCAUUCAAUUCUGCCAUGUCAACGCACCCUCACAAUCGCAUGUACGGUAGUUAUAUCCGAUUCCAACUAUCAUAGCUCUGCGGCCGCAGCUCCAUUAGCUUCGUCACCCGGAGGCAAAAAUUGGGAGCUACUCAUCGCGCUCACCGAGUGUUCGAGAGAAUGUCUCUAAAGGUGCUCACGGCGCUGGACCACGCCCGCACGCAGCUCUACCAUUUCAAGGCCAUACUCAUCGCCGGGAUGGGCCUCUUCACCGACUCCUACGACCUCUUCUGCAUCCUCCCCGUGAUGAAGCUCAUCGGCCGCAUCUACUACGAGCCCAUCGGCGGCGACCCCGGCGUGACCCCUCCCGUUGUUGUCUCCGCCAGCGUCGCCAUCGCCCUCCUCGGCACCGUGAUUGGGCAGCUCGUUUUUGGCGCGCUCGGCGACCGGGUCGGACGCCGACGCGUCUACGGCCUCUGCCUCCUCCUCAUGGUCUUCAGCUCCUUCGGCUGCGGCUUCUCCAUAUGCCGCACCCGCGGCUGCGUCCUCGGCAGCCUCUGCUUCUUCCGCUUCCUCCUCGGGAUCGGCAUCGGCGGGGACUACCCGCUCUCCGCCACGAUCAUGUCGGAAUUCGCCAAUAAGAGAACGAGGGGGUCGUUCAUCGCGGCCGUGUUCUCGAUGCAGGGGUUCGGGAUCCUGGCCAGCUCCGCCGUCACGAUGGCGGUCAUGGCCGCGUUCAAUCGGGCGACAAACCCUGAGGACAUCAGUCCACUACGCACGCCUGAGGCGGCCGACCUCGCGUGGAGGCUCAUACUCAUGAUAGGCGCCAUACCGGCGGCGCUGACCUACUACUGGAGGAUGGCCAUGCCGGAGACUGCCAGGUUCACAGCUCUGGUGGAGCAGGACGUGAUGAAGGCCACUGCCGACAUGGGGCGGGUGCUGGGCGACUUCGACCUCGACAUCCACGGCUCCGAUGCACUCCGCCACUCUCCGUCUUCGGUAACACCGCCACCACCUCCUCCUCACCCUACAUCGACGUACGGCUUCUUCUCCCGCGAGUUCCUGCGCUACCAUGGGCGCAACCUGUUCGCGUGCGCGGCAGCGUGGUUCAUUGUGGACGUGCCCUACUACAGCAGCACCUUAUUCCAGUCCCAAAUCUACCUGCCCUGGUUCCAACGCGCCAGCCACGUGAAUGCCUACCAGGAGGCCUACAAUGUCGCCAAGUUCCAGGCCAUCAUCGCGGUCGCCUCCACCAUCCCGGGUUACUUCGCCACGAUGUACUUCAUCGACCGCAUCGGCCGCCGCCCCAUCCAGAUGCUCGGGUUCUCCUUCAUGGCUGUCUUCCUCUUCGCCCUUGCAGGCCCCUACGACGCCUACUGGCACGACCACACCAACGCCUGGUUCAUCGUCCUCUACGCCCUCACCUUCUUCUUCUCCAACUUCGGCCCCAACACCAUCACCUUCAUCCUCCCCGCCGAGCUCUUCCCAGCCCGGUUCCGGUCCACCUGCCACGGCAUCUCCGGCGCCUCCGGAAAGGUCGGGGCGAUUGUCGGGGCCGUCGGUUUCCUCUGGGCAUCGCAGGAUAAUAACCGGGCCAACAUUCAGCAAGGUUACGAGCCGGGGAUCGGGAUGAUGUACGCGCUGAUCAUACUGGGGGGGGUCUGUGUAGUUGGUUUGGUGCACACCUAUGUGUUUACGCCGGAGACGAAGAUGAGGUCGUUGGAGGAGAACGAGGGAGGAGGAAGCACGCACAGGGAGAACGAGAAUGGUGGGAACGCGGAGGAGGUGGUGAUGGGCAUCGUUGUUACCGGGAACGAGGUGCCCAAGAGCCCGUCGAAUAGGAGCAACUCGCCUCUUUGUGGGCGUUCUCCGGACUUGUAAGAUAGGAUAAGAAGCCAUCUUGUUGAUGCCGCAAAGCCCUUCAGAAUUGGAAGUCACUACCAGAAGCCUCUAUGGCAACGCUUACAGGCUGAUGAGCCACCGCUUUGAGCAGGCUCUCUUCAUUGUUCUCCGGCACAUCUUGAAAGCCGGUGAUGCUUAC